GAGAUGACUGACGCAUUUCUGUGUGUUGUUAACAGGUUAAACCCGCGGGUAAUCGAAGUUUUACUUAGGAACCGUGGGAGCGAUAUAAAUCUGACUGGCGCUGUAAAGUAUCAGUAGGACGACAAACAACUAUGUAAUUCACCUUUUCUAACAGUGUGGUGUGGUGUGAUAUCCGGAGUAGAAAGAAUAGUCGCCACUUCUUCAGAGAACCGAAUCUAAGAGCAGCAUCUCUGCAAUUGACUAGACCACCAUCGGUUCUUGCAUUGACCCCCUUAGACGAGAGAGCAAAGACGACCACCCCUGACUUUAGGCCGGAAUAUAGCUGCUCCAGCGGGCUGACAACCAGUUCAUAUCCAGCACGACUUACCACCCUUUUUCGGUCUGAACCGGCAUGCCGCUUCUCCCUCCGGCCGCCCACAUGUAUCACCACAGAUUCUGUUGAUGUGUUGGCCAUAAUUAGAAGAGAAUGCAAUCCAAUUUAUGGUCAUUAAACAAUGGAAAUGUUCGGUGGAUCUGGAGAUCCAACUGUGUCAACUGUGAAGGACAAGGAAAGCUUUUCAAAUAAAGGACAAACAGCCGGAAUUAACUGGGACAGGUCAACUCUACAAGCUACCAGUGUCCACAUUCUGACACAGCCUCAACACACCAGUGAAUAUAAUCAGAAAACACCUCAGUGGGAGACCUCCAUAAGGUUGGUUCAAAUACAGACUGGACAGAGUUUAGAAAAAACUUCUGUCGCUGGUGGGAAGCCUUUGCUUCAAAAAUACCUAAAUCCAAAGAAUGCUAUAAACCACAUAAUAAGCAAUGAUGACUCUUGCAUUUCAAAUAAUCCAUUUUACCACCCAAAUGCAUUGUCUGCCCCACUAGCCAUGAAUAGUUCACAACAGCCUGUAAGAAUGCAGAUGUUUGUGAAUUCUAGGUCUCUCGAAGGAAACUGGAAUAACUCUAUCAUACCGCAGCAUGUGAAUACUUGUACUAACUUGUCCAAUCACUGCAUCCAGCAAGAGAUGAGGAUUCAUAAUGGAAAUAUUAGACCGGUUAUUUUGACUCCAGAUAAAGUAAUCAAACUUCAAGACAUUUGCAUGUCUAAAGAGAACAAUCAGCAAAAGUAUGUGCCUCAGAAAGCUAUUGCUGUUGUUACACCAUUAAAACAGCAGGUAGCUGGAGGUGUCACACAGUCAAAUGUAUUUACCAAUGUGAACGAAAGAGGCCUUGAACCAAGAUCUGUGCCGAAAAAGCCUCAUCAUUUAAUACCAUCAAAGACUGAUGAUGUGCAAACAGAUAUUCCAAAUGAAUUGUUAUCAGAAUCAAUAUUUGCCAAUGGGGAUUCUCAGCAAGUUGAGACUGGAACGCAUGCUAAUGCUAAAGAAUUUUCCACUAAUGGUUUGAAAUCGUUGAACAAUGCAGAGCUAAAAGAUAUUCCACAAGAAUUGGAAUCAGAAUCAAUAUCAGUUCCUCAGAGCGCUGGGGGUGAAAAGCAUCCUAGGAAUGAAGAAUUUUCUAUUAACAGCUUGAAAUCCUUGGAUGAUGCAGAACAAACCAAUAUUCAGCAUGGGUUUCAAUUACAAACAAUCCCGGCAAGUGGAGUUUUCCAGCAUGUAGAGGCUGAAGAGCAAACUGAACAACUUUCCAGCAAAAGGGAAAAAUCAGUGACUUAUUUCAGUAUGGAGAAGAAGAUACAGUCCUCUCAGAUUGAGGAUUUGUGCAGUACUGAUGUUUCUGAUCAACAUGAUGGCCACAACAGUGCUGAAGAAACAGUAACUGGACUGAGUAGUGAACUACCUGACAAGGCUUCUACCAUACCAGUAACUGAGUGGUCUCUUCAGAGAUUGCACACAUUGAUAAUAAAACUAGAGCAGAUGGAAAAGCAGCACCAAAAGGAUCUUCCCUUUUCCUGUCUUACACAAGAGAUUCUAAAAUUGUACUGGAAUGGAGAUUAUCAGAAUUUAUGCAAUAAGUCAAAAUCCAGACUUUAUGUUAACAUCAUGAAAGAAGUCAUUCUUUACAAUGGAAAGAAAGAUUCUGUGAUCCUCAAAGCAAUUUCAAAAGAAAAAAUGGAUCAAGUUGCAGCAGAAUUUCACAUCUUAAAACAUGAUGAUGCACCACCAAAAACGAUGUACAAGUCAACCUGGUUAAAUCUGAGUGAAAAACCUCCUGAUAUUGAUGAUAAUGAGUAUUCAUCAUUGUUUAUGACUUCACGUAGCAAACCAAAACUAAAUGAUGGACUGGAGAAGGUGCAGAGGAACUUUGAAAAGUUUGAAAAGGAGAAGACAGAUGCAGACAAGAAAACAAACGCAGAAGUAGAGCAGCCUAAACCAUUACCACCUGAGCAUGAAAGACCUUCAGGUGUCCUUGAAGACAAAGUAUUAAGAACAGAGCCACUGUGCAUAAAUAAUGAAAACAAAGAAACAAAUUGUGUCAUAGUAGGACAAGAAGGAAUUACACUAUCUUCAAUGAUGAGCAGUAAUAAUGGUGAAAAUGUCAUAAUAAAAAGCACAUCAUCAGAAGAACUGACUGAAACUGAGGAUAACGAUAAAGUGAAUAAUUUUAGUGCAACCCAAAGUAUUGAAACAUCUUUGCAGGAGUCAUCAGGUGAUAACUUACCAGCUGUGAGUGGCUGCCAGAUGAAUAUUGAACAAGGGAAAAUUUUACCUCCACUUACGUCAGCUAUGAAUCCUCAGCUAGACAAAAGUAAAAAUGCAGCCUUUGAUCCCUUUGCAUGUGUUCAAAUUAGCAUCCUCUCACCAGAUGAAUCCAAGGAAGUGUUUGCACGGGAGCCAAAGGAGAAGGAAGUGUACACAAAACAAGAUAACUUGAAUAGCAAAGGUCUAGUCAUCACAGACUUAUCUGACCAGUCUGGGGAUAAAAUUCAAACCAAAACAGAAAUGAAAACGGAGAAAGAAAACAAAAGUUUAUACCACGUAUUUAAAAUAACUCAAACAGAGAGCUACUGUUGCGUUGCUAAAUGGUUUAAAGUUUUAGGUUACAGAAAUCGGGGGCACUGCAUGUGUGAGCAAAAGGCAAUUCUAAAUGAUUCCAGUGUGGAUGAGAUAAAGAUUGUUGACGUCAUCUCUGACUACCAGGAGGUUUUAAAAAUUGCAAAUGCAGUGUCUGAGUCAUUGACUGAUUUGCCACAUGGGUCACAACAAUUCACAGAGAACAGCAAGUGUUACAGAUCUGACACUAGUAAAAAGGGGAGGACCCACCACAACAGUUGCAGUCAACAUGCAUUUGACAAGUCCCUACAUUUAUCUACAGAUAAUGCCAGUCUUCGAUUGAACGGUAAUGGAAAAGAGUUCACAACUCCAGAGGACAAUACUGAUGGAAAAACAAUAAAUCUUGCAUUAUAUGGCUCAUCUCACCUAAGGCAAAAGAAACCUACAACAACUAAUGGUUAUUUAAGGAAAGGUUUUUCUGGAAUCAGGACAUCAAAUACUGUGCUUCAUCCACCAGAAACUCUUAAUAUAAGAGUAGGUUCAGAUUGCAAUAAAAAUCCAAGCACUAGUAGAAAAAAGAACGCCAAACAACGGAAUUUAAGUGCCUGUAAGAAAAGCUAUAUGUCUUCAAAGAAGUUUGUCAACGAAUCAGAAAAACAAAAAUGUACAAUCAGUUCUGAUUCAGAAAAGAAUGCUGCUGACAAAUCUGUGACAUCAUGUGAAUCAUCAGCAUUUGAUCUGAUUAAAUCCUUGCUGUCAGAAUCUACAAAGUAUAAAAGUAAACUCCCCUUGGCUGACCAACGGAGAAAUCCAGAUCAAUCAAAGGAAAGACUUCAUUCAACCAGAGAGGAUAAAAUUAGGAAGCUAAAACAAAAAAGAAAGUUAGCAUUACUUAAGAGACAGAAUUGUGUGAAUGACAAGAAAAAAACAAAUGGUUCACUUGUAAAGCAGCCUCAUACUAGGACAGAAAGUAAAGAUGAUUCAAACCUUGCCCUGGAUUUCAGAGUUUUGCCAGACUCUUUUAACUUAAGUGAGUCUGUUUCUUCCAUGGAAGCUGAUCAGUCUGCCAGUGCAGACUUUGGUUCAAACGCUAAAAACAUAACUGGGACGAAAAGACCAUGGAGAUCACCAGGUGCAUGGUGUGUCAGCCCAAAGAAGAAACGGCGUCUUGAGUCCUCAGUAAAAGCAGAUAUAUCUGCAUCAUCCAGCACAUUUCUAGAAUUCAAACGGAAAUAUGAAAAAAAGCAAAGACUGCCUAAUUAGAAAACAGCACUGAUAAUUAUGCAGUCAUGACCACUGAAUGUUACUCUGUGGCCUAAAAGAGACAGGGAUGUGGCCUUUAUAACACAGACUGCUAAUACAUCAGGUACACAUGAAUGAUGUUGCUUUAAAAGGUCUAUAUAUAUAUAUAUAUAUUCUUUUGCCAGUCUGUAUAUUUUUCUGUAUAUAUUUUAUUUGAAGAUUAAACAGUUGAAUUUUUUGUAGUAUAA